AGUUCGUGGGUUGUGUUCGACCAAGGUCUAUUUGUCAAAUAUUUCUUUUUUGUGAAACACACAUCUGUUUCAUACUUCUGCGGUUUAGUAAUUUUUCAGAAGCGCCCACAGAUUACAUAUUAUACUCUGAACAACUGCUCUCAAUGAGAUUAAAUGUGAGGUUAAGUGCGUGUGUGCAAAAUUUAAUGCAGGAUUAGAUGUACAUCUGCACAGAGAGAAUUUUUUAUCUUACUGCAUUUAUAUAUUAAACCGGCAUGAAGGGUACGUUGAGCAGUAGUCCAGUUUCCGUGUAUGAAAAUGUUACGAAAGAACAAUUUUUACAUUUUAUUCACCCCAAACGUGAACCAGCAUUGCUUCGAGGUGUAGACAUUGGAGAAUGCACAUCCAAGUGGACAAGUGAAUACAUAUGUGAGAAAGUGGGCGUUGUGGGCGUAAAAGUCCACGUCAGUUCCAGCCCACAGAUGAACUUCAUAAACAAAAACUUUCUUUAUAAAACAUUGCCCUUUGAUGAACUAGUAAAAAGGGCAUCAACUCCAGGAUGUGCAAAAAAAAAUCAUUUUCUUGUUCCUGGUGAAUUCUAUUAUUUACGAUCAGUAGGAUUUGACAGGAGAGGUAGGGACACUGCAGAUAUCAAGAAGCAGUUUCCAAAUCUUGCUGGCGACAUUAGAAUUCCAGACUUUUUUGAUGAAAACUGUUUCUUCUCAAGUGUAUUUCGUAUUGGUUCUCCUGGAGUUCAGCUGUGGACCCAUUAUGAUGUGAUGGAUAAUUUAUUAAUUCAAGUUCAAGGUCGGAAAAGGAUGGCAUUGUUCAGUCCCAGUGAUGCUCUGAACAUGUAUCUUAUAGGGGACAAAUCACAGGUGUUAGACAUUGAUAAUCCUGAUUGUCAUCUUUAUCCAAAAUUUAUUUUGAGUCAAAGAUAUGAAUGUAUAAUGGAACCUGGUGACAUCAUAUUCAUCCCUGCUUUGUGGUUCCAUAAUGCUUUGGCACUGGACUUUGGUGUUGCUGUAAAUGUUUUCUGGAAAAAUUUGAAGUGUGACCUGUAUGACAAGAAUGAUCCAUAUGGGAACAAGGAUCUUAUUCCAGCCAACAGGGCCAUCCAGAUGGUUGAGAAUGCAACAAAACUUCUAGACACACUUCCACAUGAUUACAAAGACUUCUAUAUUAAAAGAAUGAUUUCAAUUCUAGAAACAAAAAUACUAAAAUCCAAUGAGGAAGGACAGUUUUAAAUUACAGAAGGUCUACAUCAUGUUCUGUUGUAUCAGCUGAAUACGUAUCUCUUACAAAUCCACUCCGUUCCUGUUCAUAUUCUGCUCCUACAGCACUUGAAAGCAAUGCUUGUACAUUACGUUCUUCUCUGGAUCCAAAUAUGUAGCCAUUGGCUUUGUCAAUGGCAUUCUUAAGUCGCAAGAGGCACUGUUGAUCUUGGACAUUUAGUGGUAUGAAGGUUACUAAACUAUAAUCCUCCACAAGUGAUACCAGCGCUGUGUUUAGUUUUUUGUACCUUCAUGACAAAAUAAUACAAUGAAAUCAGUCAUUGCAAUAUCUGCACCAAGUCUUAUUGAUGCUAAAAUACUAAAGUGAUUGACACAAAUCAAGAUGGAUGGCUCAGAGAGAGAGAUAUCCAUAAGUGGGGUCUGUUUCAAGCUUUAAGUAACUGAGUACUUUAUAUAUAAAGUCUCUGAAACUGAUGGAUCAUGAGGACACAUGACAGUACAUGCAACAAAAGCAUUCAAAACUUCGCCACCAUUGUUCACUUACAGUAAUGUUUCUCACCUGCGAGUAAUGGGAUUCUCAUCGAGAGAUUCUAGCAGAUAUCCAAGGUCAAGUACUUCUGUAUAGAAAUCAAUUCCAAACUGCAUCUUGUCCCCAUACUGAAGUACAAGGUCUAUCUUGGACAAUACAUUGAUAUGUGGCAGCUCCAUUUGCAGCAUUGUAGACAGUGACAGCAAUAAUGCAGAGAUGAAUUUACCUACAUACCAAUAUAAAACAGGGCUCAUAACACAAAGCCAAAGCACAUGCAUUAAUAUUGGAAGGACAUAAUUCUGAAUAUUCUACUCCUGAUAGUUCAGGGCAUGUCAGGUUUAAACAAAAAUUAAAAGUGAAUUUAGAAAAUCUGUUGCAAAAAUUAUAACAUUUAAAGAUAAAGGAACAAACACAACAAUGACAUUAUUAUUUAACAUAUUAACAUAAAUCAACCAUUGCUAAAACCUCAAGAUUACGACAACAGAAUGUUAUUACCAUCCUUUUUUAAAAAAUUGUUGGUAUGGUAUUAAAUUUUAUAUAAAAUACUGUUAUUGGCAAAUCUUUAAAAAUGUAUGUCUAUAAAUAAACUUACAUAUCAAUUCACCUAACAAAUUAACAGUACCAUAAUUCUUUCUAAUUGUAAAAGAUAGAUAUGCUAAAUUUUCUCAUGUAUUUUACAUAAGUGAUAUAUGCUGUAUUUCAUCUAUGAAAAUCUGUGAAGAGUUAGAAUGUUAUAACCCAUCUUACCAGGAUCACUGCAAUAAUGGGCGUCCACAAGGUGUACUGAACAUAAGUGGAAACCGUAUUUUAAAAGGUUUGCCGUUAUAUUCUUCAUAGAACUGUGGUGUGUGUACAGUUCCACCUAAAAUUAGAAAUAAACUAAAAAAUAAAAAAGUAACAUCAUAUUACAGGAAAGUUAAGGAGGCACAGAACCUCAAGAUGGUAUGAGUGAAUUGUAGUAAAGGGUAAAUGCAGACUACUUGGAACCUCUGCAUGUCAUUACAAAACAGUACAACACUAAUAUGUACAUGGUAUUGACACAGGAUUAAAGUUCUUUAAGGAAA